AAUAAUAUUCACCAUGGUUUUGGAUGACCUCCCAAACUUAGAAGACAUCUAUACUUCCUUGUGUUCAUCAACAGUGGAAGAUUCAGAGAUGGAUUUUGACUCUGGACUAGAAGAUGAUGAUACAAAAAGUGAUAGUAUUUUGGAAGAUUCAACUAUUUUUGUGGCCUUCAAAGGAAAUAUAGAUGAUAAAGACUUCAAAUGGAAGUUGGACACAAUAUUGGAGAAUGUGCCCAAUUUGUUAAACAUGGAAUCUAGCAAGCUAAAGGUACAGAAGGUGGAGCCCUGGAACAGUGUGCGUGUGACAUUCAACAUCCCCCGGGAAGCAGCAGAGCGGCUUCGAAUUUUGGCUCAAAGCAACAACCAGCAGCUUCGGGAUCUAGGGAUUCUCUCUGUUCAAAUUGAAGGAGAAGGUGCUAUCAACCUGGCUUUGGCUCAGAAUCGAAGCCAAGAUGUGAGAAUGAAUGGACCCAUGGGAGCUGGAAAUUCGGUUAGAAUGGAGGUGGGAUUUCCCAUAGCAGCUGGUCCAGGACUAAUAAGGAUGACCAACCCUGCCACUGUUAUGAUACCCCAGGGAGGAAACAUGUCAUCUUCCAUAAUGACACCAGGCCCCGGAUCAGAGCUACAGCCCAGAACUCCUCGCCCUGCUUCCCAAUCAGAUGCAAUGGAUCCACUCCUCUCUGGGCUCCAUAUACAGCAACAAGGUCAUCCCUCAGGAUCCAUAGCUCCCCACCACCACCCAAUGCAGCCUGUCACUUUGGCCAGACAGAUGAACCCAGCUAAUUUUCCCCAGCUGCAACAGCAGCAGCAACAGCAACAGCAACAGCAGCAGCAACAGUUGCAGGCAAGACCCCCACUGCAACAUCAGCCGCAACAGCCACAGGGAAUUCGACCCCAGUUUACUGCCCCAACUCAGGUGCCUGUUCCUCCAGGCUGGAACCAGCUGCCUUCUGGAGCCCUUCAGCCUCCUCCAGCCCAGGGUUCUCUGGGCACAAUGACUGCAAACCAAGGUUGGAAGAAGGCUCCCUUGCCUGGCCCAAUGCAACAGCAACUCCAGGCAAGACCAUCCUUAGCCACGGUACAGACACCUUCCCACCCUCCCCCUCCAUAUCCCUUUGGCAGCCAGCAAGCCUCACAAGCCCAUACAAACUUUACUCAGAUGAGCAACCCAGGCCAGUUCACUGCUCCUCAGAUGAAGAGUUUGCAGGGAGGGCCCUCCAGGGUCCCAACCCCCCUGCAGCAGCCCCACCUCACCAACAAGUCUCCUGCCUCCUCACCCUCCUCCUUCCAGCAGGGUUCCCCUGCUUCCUCCCCAACGGUUAACCAAACUCAGCAGCAGAUGGGACCAAGGCCACCUCAAAAUAACCCACUUCCCCAGGGAUUUCAGCAGCCUGUCAGCUCUCCAGGUCGGAAUCCUAUGGUUCAACAGGGAAACAUGCCACCUAACUUCAUGGUGAUGCAGCAGCAGCCACCAAACCAGGGGCCACAGAGUUUACAUCCAGGCCUAGGAGGAAUGCCUAAACGCCUCCCACCUGGCUUCCCAGCAGGACAGGCCAAUCAGAACUUUAUGCAAGGUCAGGUGCCUUCAACCACUGCAACCACCCCUGGUAACACAGGAGCCUCUCAGCUGCAAGCAAAUCAAAAUGUCCAACAUGCAGGUGGUCAAGGAGCUGGUCCUCCUCAGAACCAGAUGCAGGUGUCCCACGGGCCACCAAAUAUGAUGCAACCCAGCCUCAUGGGAAUUCAUGGCAACAUGAACAACCAGCAGUCUGGUAGUUCUGGGGUUCCUCAGGUGAACCUGGGCAACAUACAAAGCCAGCCCCAGCAGGGCCCACCAUCUCAGCUGAUGAACAUGCACCAGCAGAUGGUGCCCUCCCAGAGCCAGAUGGUCCAGCAACAAGGAACCUUGAACCCUCAGAACCCUAUGAUCCUUUCAAGGGCCCAGCUUAUGCCACAAGGCCAGAUGAUGGUGAACCCUCAAAGCCAGAAUCUUGGGCCCUCACCCCAAAGGAUGACCCCACCCAAGCAGAUGCUUCCCCAGCAGGGCCCACAAAUGAUGGCAACACAUAACCAGAUGAUGGGGCCUCAGGGGCAGGUUUUGCUCCAACAGAACCCAAUGAUAGAUCAGAUCAUGACCAAUCAGAUGCAGGGGAAUAAGCAACAGUUUAAUACUCAGAACCAAUCCAGUGUCAUGCCGGGACCAGCACAGAUAAUGAGGGGACCAACUCCAAACAUGCAAGGAAACAUGGUGCAGUUUACGGGACAGAUGUCAGGACAGAUGCUGUCUCAGCAAGGGCCUGUGAAUAACAGUCCAUCUCAGGUUAUGGGAAUUCAGGGGCAGGUCUUACGGCCACCAGGGCCCAACCCACACAUGGCCCAGCAGCAUGGUGAUUCUACCACUACAGCAAAUAACGAUGUCAGCUUGCCUCAGAUGAUGCCUGAUGUUGGCAUGCAGCAAGCCAACAUGGUCCCCCCUCAUGUGCAGGCCAUGCAGGGAAGCAGUGCCCCAGGAAAUCACUUCACAGGCCAUGGAAUACCCUUCAGUACACCUUUCAGUGGAGCACCCAAUGGAAAUCAGAUGUCCUGUGGCCAGAAUCCAGGCUUUCCAGUCAAUAAGGAUGUCACAUUAACAAGCCCAUUGUUGGUCAACUUAUUGCAGAGUGACAUCUCUGCCGGCCAUUUUGGGGUAAACAAUAAACAAAAUAAUGCCAACGCAAAUAAGCCGAAGAAGAAGAAACCCCCUCGGAAGAAGAAAAAUAGUCAGCAAGAACUAAACACCCCAGAUUCUCGCCCAAGUGGUCUAGAGGAAGUUGAUCAGCAACCAUUACCUGGAGAUCAAGGAAUUAACUUGGACAGUUCAGGCCCUAAGCUGCCAGAAUUUUCAAAUCGGCCACCAGGUUAUCCAUCUCAACCAGUUGAACAGAGGCCACUUCAGCAGAUGCCUCCUCAACUCAUGCAGCAUGUGGCACCCCCACCACAGCCACCACAGCAGCAGCCACAGCCACAACUGCCAACACAACCGCAGCAGCAGCCACCACCUCCUAGCCAGCCUCCACAGCAGCAGCAGCAGCAACAACAGCAGCAGCAUCAACAGCAGCAUCAACAGCAGCAACAACAGCAGCAACAGCAGCAAAUGAUGAUGAUGCUCAUGAUGCAGCAGGACCCCAAAUCAGUUAGGCUUCCAGUCUCCCAAAAUCUCCAUCCUCCGAGGGGUCCCAUGAACCUAGACCCACAGAGAAUACCUAUGCAGCAGAGUGGCAGUGUGCCUGUAAUGGUUAGUUUGCAAGGACCUGCCUCCGUGCCACCUUCACCUGACAAACAGAGAAUGCCAAUGCCUGUGAAUACUCCUUUGGGAAACAAUUCAAGGAAAAUAGUAUACCAGGAGAACCCCCAGAAUUCUUCAAGUUCGCCAAUGGGAGAGGUUUCCUCACUCCCUGAAGCAAGUGGCAAUGAAGUACCACCUGUCUCAGGAGGCCCCAAUAACAUGCCUUCGCAUUUAGUGGUUUCCCAAAAUCAGUUAAUGAUGGCAGGACCCAAACCUGGACCAUUGCCCCUCUCAGCAGCUCAAGGUGCCACUCCUCAGCAACCCCCAGUAAAUUCAUUGCCCAGCUCUCACGGCCACCACUUUCCAAAUGUGGCUGCUCCAACCCAAACUUCUAGACCGAAAACCCCAAACAGAGCUAGCCCCAGGCCCUAUUAUCCUCAGACACCCAACAAUCGCCCUCCCAGCACAGAACCAUCAGAAAUCAGUCUAUCCCCAGAAAGACUCAAUGCUUCUAUUGCAGGACUCUUCCCCCCUCAGAUUAAUAUUCCUUUACCUCCUCGGCCAAAUUUGAACAGAGGUUUUGAUCAGCAGGGCCUAAAUCCAACAACGUUGAAGGCCAUUGGACAAGCACCUUCAAAUCUCACCAUAAAUAAUCCUUCCAGUUUCACCGCCCCACAAACUCACAAACUAGAUUCUGUGGUGGUGAAUUCUGGAAAGCAGUCUAAUUCUGGAGCAACCAAACGGGCAAGUCCAAGUAAUAGUCGUAGGUCUAGUCCUGGGUCCAGUCGAAAGACCACUCCAAGUCCUGGAAGACAAAACUCAAAAGCCCCUAAACUUACUCUAACCUCUCAAACAAAUACAGCCCUAUUGCAGAAUGUGGAGUUGCCAAGAAAUGUGUUGGUCAAUCCCUCUCCUUUGACCAAUCCCCCUAUAACUGGAAGCUUUCCUAACAACACUGGGCUAACUCCUCAGGCUCCUAACAUGCCAGUGGCUACAGUGGGGGUUGUUCUUGAGGAUAACAAGGAGAGUGUGAAUGUGCCUCAGGACAAUGAUUGCCACAAUUCCCAGGGAAGAAAGGAACAGGCAAAUAUUGAGCUAAAAGCAAUUCCUGCCCAAGAAGUUAAAAUGGUUGUUCCUGAAGACCAGUCCAAAAAGGAUGGGCAACCUUCAGAUCCUAACAAACUCCCCAGUGCAGAAGAGAACAAAAACUUAAUAUCUCCUGCCAUGAGGGAAGCGCCAACAUCGUUGAGUCAACUUCUUGAUAAUUCUGGAGCUCCUAAUGUGACCAUUAAACCCCCUGGGCUUACUGAUUUGGAAGUCACAUCCCCAGUAGUUUCUGGGGAAGACCUGAAAAAGUCAUCUGUCAUUCCCACACUGCAGGAUCCAUCUUCAAAAGAACCCUCUAAUUCCCUAAAUUUACCUCAUAAUAAUGAGCCUUGUUCAACCCUUGUACAUCCAGAAUUGAAUGAAGUCACUUCUAAUGUUGCACCAAACAUCCCUCCAGUAAUGUCAAGACCUGUUAACUCUUCCUCCAUUUCCACUCCUUUGCCCCCAAAUCAGAUAACCGUCUUUGUAACAUCCAAUCCUAUCACAACAUCAGCUAAUACAUCAGCAACUCUGCCAACUCACCUGCAGUCUGCAUUAAUGUCAACAGUUGUCACAAUGCCCAAUGUGGGCAGUAAGGUUAUGGUUUCCGAAGGACAGUCUGCUGCUCAGUCAAAUGCCCGGCCUCAGUUCAUUACGCCUGUUUUUAUCAAUUCAUCCUCAAUAAUUCAGGUUAUGAAAGGAUCACAGCCAAGCACAAUUCCUGCAGCCCCACUAACUACCAACUCCGGGUUGAUGCCUCCCUCCGUGGCAGUUGUUGGCCCUUUACAUAUACCUCAGAACAUAAAAUUUUCUUCUGCUCCUGUACAGCCUAAUAUUCCCUCCAGUAGUCCUUCAAAUAUCCAGGCAGGCAGGCCUAUUGUCCUUAAUUCACGAACUACCCCUGUUCAACUUCCUUCCCCUCCUUGUACAGCUACUCCAGUUGUUCCCCCUCAUCCUCCUGUCCAACAGGUGAAAGAAUUGAAUCCAGAUGAGGCUAUUCCUCAGGUCAGCACUUCAGCAGAUCAGAGCACUCUGCCUGCUUCACAGUCAACUACAAUGGUUUCUCCCCUUUUGACCAAUAGUCCAGGCUCCUCUGUCAACCGACGAAGCCCAGUCUCAACUAGUAAAGGCAAAGGAAAAGUAGACAAAAUCGGCCAGAUUUUGCUGACCAAGGCAUGUAAGAAAGUUACAGGCUCUCUUGAGAAGGGGGAAGAGCAAUGUGGUGCAGAUGGAGAAACUGAAGGUCAAGCACUAGAGACCACAGCUCCUGGGCUCAUGGCAACAGAGCAGUUAUCUACAGAGCUGGACAGUAACACCCCAAUACCCCCGGCACCCUCCCUGCUGAAAGUCACCUCCAGCCCUGCAGGCUCAGGCUCUGCCUCAGCAGGACCCAGUUUACCUGGCAAUACUCUCUCCACUAAUGUACGCCCAAUAGUAGCCACUCUGGUACCUUCUGAGCUCAUCUCCACAGUGUCGACCACAAAAAACAAUCAUGUUGGCAUAGCACCUGAGCCGCUUACAGGUGGUCUAGUGGAGGAGAAAGUGGGAUCCCAUCCAGAGCUUCUACCUAACAUAGCUCCUUCACAGAAUUUAGUCCCAAAAGAGACUCCAGCCACAGUCCUGCAGGGGUCUGUUGCCAGACCAGAGAUUGAGGCAAAUGCUGCCAUACUUUCCGGACAAAGCAGUGAGCCCAAAGAGAUCGUUGAAAAGUCCAAAACCCCAAGCCGAAGAAACUCGCGAACUGAAGAGUCAGUUGUGGCUUCUGAAAGUGUGGAAAAUGGACAUCGUAAGAGAUCCUCUAGGCCUGCUUCAGCCUCCAGCUCUACUAAAGACUUAACCAAUGCGGUGCAAUCCAAGCGAAGAAAAUCCAAGUAAAUGAACUGGACAGCGACUUGAUACUGUAAAUGUGUGUUAAUUUUACAAAAAGCAAUUUUGAGCUGUGACUUUUUAAAAUUCAUUCUGUACAGUUACUCAUUUUAAUAAUAUGGCCCUUUUCCUAGUCCUUGCAAACUGUUUCGUAAAGUGCAAUGGGGAAAGCAGAGUUGAACCCUUUUAUGUUGCAAGAUGAAGUUCAAGUUUUUAAAAUGUUGCCAUGUAUUGAGGAGGAGCUAAUAUGAUUAUAGUUUUCACAUUUCCUAUGCAGCCUAGCAUACAGGGUGAGCAUUUUUAGACCUUCUAAUGAUACAUUGUGCGGUGGAAGUACCUGUGUGUGAAUAGCAGUAGUGUGGGCAAAAGGAAUCUCAUUUGAAUAUGUAAAUAAUUUUAUUAUAUAGUGUUAUGGAUGUAUUUGUUGUAGAAAUGGACCAGUAAAUAAAGAGAAUCUAAGGGUUUCUACAAUGUGAAAUAUUGAAUGUGUUCAAUAAAUGUCAUUGUUCUAGAAUAUAAA